AUAAACAACAUUCGCUCUACUUACAAAAAAGAGCGUAAGAAGAUCGCUGAUUCGAAGAAAUCGGGAGCAGGAAGCCAAGAAGUGUAUAAUCCGAAAGUAUUGAAUGCAAAUGAAAACCUAACUACUGAAGUUUUACAGUCUGUUCAAAACCAUUUGAAAAGGCCAGCAAUAGUCAAUGAUCGAUUUGAUAUUUUUGGAGCAAACGUUGCAGCUAAGCUGAGAGAUAUCACAAAACAACAACGUAUUUUGGCCGAAAAAGUAAUUAACGAAACAUUAUUUCUGACAGAGAUGGAAAAUUUUACUAUUUCACACCAAGUGACUGAUUCAAGCAGUGUGCGUUUUACUAAUUAUAGUUACAACGUUCCCAGUCCCGUUUCACAUACUCCCAGCCCAGUACAUUACCAGAAUUCAAAUUUUGAAGGUUCCCAGUCUAUUCUGCAAACUUCUCAACAAGGUCAAUCCCAACCAAUACAAAAUUCAGCGGCUAAUUUUCUAUCUUCUUUUGAUAUUAAUACGAAUUAA